AUGACAUCCAGUCCUUCAACAACUACAGCAGUGUCAUCGAUGACACAGAGACCAUGGUUACUUUGGACACUCUGUUUGUUAGUUUCUUUAUUGGGACGUUAUCUUGUCUCUAUUCAUUCUUACUCUGGUCAUGCGACACCACCAAUGUUUGGUGACUUUGAGGCUCAACGACAUUGGAUGGAGAUCACAACCAAUCUGGCCUCUUCUCAAUGGUACUUCAACACAACUGAUAACAACCUACAGUAUUGGGGACUCGACUAUCCUCCAUUGACUGCAUACUCUAGUUGGUUAUUUGGAAAAGUUGCAGAAAAGAUAGAGCCUGGAUUGGUGCAAUUGUUCACUUCACGUGGCUAUGAGACACCAUCCAGCAAAUUGUUCAUGAGGAUGACUGUAAUCAUCUCGGACAUGUUCAUUUGGUUACCCUCAGUCUACUUCUUUGUUCGAUCAUUUUACUCUGAUCGCUCAUUAAUCCAAAGAUCAUGUGCAUUCCUAUUCAUUUCACUCCAACCUGGUCUUCUGCUGAUCGAUCAUGGACAUUUCCAAUACAACGGCAUCAGUCUUGGCUUUGCACUCUUUGCAAUCACAUUCAUUGUGCGACGACAACAUCUCUUGGCCAGCUUCUUCUUUGUACUCUCUUUGAACUACAAACAGAUAUCAUUGUACUACUCACCUGUAUUUUUCUUUUACCUCCUCUUUGCCAACCUCUCAUUUACUGAUCUUCUCAAAUCAAUUGGAAAGAUUAUGUCAAUUGGAGUUACAGUAAUAUCUACAUUUAUUGUUUGUUGGCUUCCAUUCCUCUCACUGGAACAGAUAACCCAACUUCUUAUCCGUCUAUUUCCAACAGCCAGAGGACUUUUUGAGGAUAAGGUUGCCAACUUUUGGUGUGUCUUCUCUGUCGUUGUCAACUUCAAAAGCAGAUUCACUCACGAGAUCAUGUUAAGAAUAUGUACAUUAUCCACACUAACUGUCUUUUCACCGAUUAUUUAUCCACUCUGGAAGAGCUCCAAAGAUAUCAAGCGACACGGAUUGGUAUUCAUUCAGGCGCUGAUCAUAUGUUCAUUUGCCUUCUUUUUGUUCUCUUUCCAUGUACAUGAGAAGACCAUCCUUUUCCCAAUGCUACCAAUCUCAUUGCUGGUACUACAUUUCCCAUUCAUCACAUGGUGGUUCGGUGUGAUCUCAACCUUUAGCAUGUUCCCUCUUCUAUUCAAGGAUGGUCUCAUACUGCCCUACUUUGUUUGCCAGAUUGUCUACUUUGUACUUGGAUAUCAAUGGGUCCAAAGACUCGAGGCAAACAACAACAAGUCAUCAAACCUAUGGCAAUAUUCAUUCCUCAUCUUAAACGUCAUUACCAUGGUACUGUGCCAUAUCCUCUUCCAAUUUAUCAAGCCUCCAGUACAUUUGCCAGCAUUAUUCCUUUUGUUGGUGGCAGUGGUAUCAUUUGUUCACUUUGGAUUGACCUAUCUUUACUUUGUUGUGCAGAUGUUCAAGUGCUCAGCGACCAACAACAAUAACAAGACGAAGAGUCAU